AAAUCAAAAUCCAAAAUUUUUCAAAUUUUAAAGUAAAUAAUCUGCCUGAGUUCUUUGUGAAGUAUUUUUGAAGGCAAAAAUGCAGGCUAUCAAGGAAAAGUUUAAUGAUAUGAGCGCCAUGCGCAAGGCCAAAGCUGAAGCUAAGGAGGAGGAAAAAGCCGAGAAGGAGUUGGCAAAGGCAAGAGUAGAAGUAGCACAUGAGGUAAGAUUGGCAAGAGAGGCAGAAGCAGCCAUGGAUCUGCACGUGAACAAAGCUGCAGAGAAGAUUGCACAUGAAGAGGAAAAGCAUGUUCACAACAUUAAUGAAGGAACCUUGGACCCUUAUGCUGCCAGCUUCACCAAUACUAACAAUCCCACUGGAGGAGACCCUUAUGGUCUUGGUGCCAACCAUUCUGGUCAGCUCAAUAAUGCUGGAACAGGACCAACUAACAAUCUUCUUUAGACUGUUUCUCUACUAGUUUAAUUUGAUGCCUCAAGCUCAUUGGUUAUAUAUAUAUAUAUGUAAAAGAAUAAGUGGAGCAACUUUUGACGAUCUACAAUGUUCCAAACAAAUAAUACAAAUUAAAGAAGGAGGUUAUUCAGUGUAAGAUUUAAAAGCAUGUCUUUUCUUGUGGCUACACCAAUACUAAGUACACUAUGAACGAUAGAUGAAA